AUGACGACAUUGAAAGCUCAGAGACCGUACUUUACAGGAAACACGUCAGAGGAGAACGCCCAAGUGUUGGCGGACCCCAAUCCCACCUACAAGCUCAUGUAUCUUGAUAUCGGAAGCGUUGGCGCGACAGCGAGGGAUAUAAUGGCUUUUGGAAAGGCUAAUUGGUCCAGCUACGUUCCCAAUGAAAAAGACUGGAACGAAGGCAAGAUUCCUGCGCCGUUCAAGGUCUUACCCGUCCUCACCGUCUCGUCGCCCAGCAACGGCAAGGAAGUAGUAAUCUCAGAGUCCGUCCCUGUCGACCAUUUCCUCGCAAAACGGUUCAACCUCCUGGGAAACAACGAAUGGGAAGAAUACACCAUCAAGGCGGUCUAUAACAACAUCCAUCAUUUCCGAGAGCGGUCGCUUACGACAAUGUCAUAUACGUUUGGGGAUAAGAAGCACAGGUUGGAGCAUUAUUUGAAGGUGGUGAUUCCGAAUUUUAUUGGGGACCAUGAGUUCCACUUGAGGGCUAAUGGGUCCAAUGGGCAUUAUCUCGGUGAUAAGCUCUCGCUGGCAGAUAUCCACCUGGUGAGCCUAAUGGACCACUUCCUGACCCUCCCCGUGGCCGAUGAUGUCAUAGCCCAGUUCAAGAAGAGCGAAUUGAUCAUGAAAGUCCGAGAGCGUGUUGAGGCAAACCCAGAGAUUGCGGCUUGGAGGAAGAGUGAGGAUUGGAAGAGAUUUAAUGCUGGGUCAAUUGCUAUAUAUGCGGAUUCGGCACCUCCUGGAUACAAGCAAACAGCCAUGGAGGGGUAG